AUGCCAAGCAGUUCGGUCCUGUCUGCCGCAGCCAAGAGAUUGGAAGGCAAAGUAGCUCUAAUCACUGGAGGAGCAGGUGGCCUCGGAUCAGUCACAGCAAAACUCUUCCAUGAACACGGUGCUAAAGUCUUGAUAGCUGACGCUCGGGAUGACCGAGGCCAUCUGAUCUGCCAAAACCUGUCUCCAGAGCGUGCAUCUUUCAUCCACUGCGACGUAACAAGCGAAUCAGACAUCCAAAAUGCAGUGGAGACCGCAGUGUCAACGUAUGGUAAGCUCGACAUCAUGUUCAACAAUGCAGGAAUUUUGGACCCCGUGAUACCCAACGUCCUUAACUACAGUCAGGCCGACUUUGAGCACGUGCUUCGCGUUAAUGUCGUUGGUGCCUUCUUGGGCACGAAGCAUGCUGCUAGUUUCAUGAAACAAGCCAAACGAGGGAGCAUCAUCAACACAGGGAGCGUCUGUUCAGUCAUUGGUGGGGACGAUAACAAGCGCGACCCGCGAUCUCGGUCGGAUCACUACGCAAGCUCCAAGCAUGCAGUUCUUGGGCUCACCAGGAACACUGCUGUGGAGUUGGGACGUUAUGGAAUCAGAGUUAACUGUGUCUCGCCUUAUGUGUUUCCCUCGUCGAUGUCGAGGGGGCUCUUGGGUCGGGACGAGGAUGACCCAGUGGAUGACAUUGGUUCCAAUCUUGAGGGGGUGAGUCUGAAGCCAGAGGAUGUGGCUGAGGCGGUUGUAUAUCUGGCGAGUGAUGAGUCUAGGUAUAUGAGUGGGCACAACCUGGUUGUGGAUGGAGGAUUCGGUGUUAUGAAUUCAGCUCUCACUAUGUUCAACAAAUAA